ACCUACGGAGAAGUACGUAUGUACGUAUGUAGGUAGUAAGUGAAUGGCUAGGGCAAUACCUGCUGAUCUGCAGGAGGGAAAAGAGUGAUUGGCUGUGGCUCUGAACACGCUCUCAAAAUAUGGCAGAUCCAACUAUCCAGACUUUUUGUUGUCAUCACAACAACAAUACCGAUAUGGCGGUAGUAAUUAUGCAAGAAUUCAACACCGAUGCUUAUAACACCGUCUGUAUGUUAUCGUCCACUAUGGGAAUCCUUGGUGCCGUUUAUCAGGUCCUACCGCGGGAAGAAUCGCGAUUUUCGCAUCGAUGGCAUACAUUCUCCGCAGCUCGGGGCCGCGAGAUUAUCAUCUGGCUCGCUGUUGCUGAUUUCUUCGCUUCCUUAGGAGUCUUCGUUAGAUCGGCAUUAUGGAUUAAUUUCAAAUCGAUAAUGCCAACCAAAGAUGACACAUCGAGUGUGGUGUUCUGCGCUGUAUCGUCGGCUUGGACGCAGUAUUUUUAUAUGGCAACAUGGAUCUGGACUCUUUGUUACGCGAUAGAUAUGAGAUUGUUGCUGAGCGAACGUCAGGGUUAUCCGUAUUAUUACCAUGCUGUUGCCUGGAUAUGUCCUGCCAUUGUAACGAUCUUUGGCCUAUCCAUUCUUUAUAUACCUGAUGCCAACUGCCAUAACUCGUCUUCGUUGUCCAGCGCUGUACUACGAAUAUUGCCAAAUUAUUGUGCUACCUACAUACCUUUGACCAUUGUGAUGGUAACAAAUCCUGCGCUUUACCUAGCAUCGACUCGUGAUCUCACAGCUGCUGUGUCAUGGAGUCUGUCACAGCUUACAGGUCGUGAGAGAAAACUGGUUCAAACUAUCAGAAUGAAGUUUGCCUUAACGAAUUUAGUUUAUUAUAUUUGCUGGAUUCCAAAUUUGAUAAAUGGCAUUCUACUCUGGACCCUGUGGUUUAAAUUACCGAUAAAGGUUAUCAUCACUUUGUGGUAUAUAAUGGCAGUAACGAAUCCCCUGCAGGCCUUCUUCAAUGCCCUGGUGUAUCAAAGAUGGGGUAGAGCUGAAAAGUUUAGAUUUUCAUGGCGCAAAAAACUGAUGACAAAGGAAUACUACUCAGGAGAUAUUGGCACACUGUUGCCCGAAUCGACUCCACUGCUCAAUCAGCAUUUUACUCCGCACACGAGCAUAAAUGGAUCUUCCUCUCUCUGACAGUUUGGACGAGUGAAAAGUCUGUUCAAAUAGCUGUGACCCAUGAUACAUCAAUGUAAUGAACUCAGAUAACAGUGGUACACAUCUCCUAGUACUAACAAAUUAUUAUGGAUGGAUGAAUGUGUAUAUAUUUUUAGAAUUAUUUUCAGAGCCUACAAAAAAUAUUGUGUCGUUCAAUAAAUUUUCACCAAAUUUAUAAAA